CAAAAACAAAAACAAAACUCCUUUUUAACUUUUUUGGGUUUCUCUGUAUGUGUUUCUAAUUUUCUUCAGCUGUCACCUUUCGCUACAAUGUUUAAUUCACUCUUCACAUGGAUAUCAUCAUCGUCCUUGUCAUUUAUAUAUGGCAACGAUGAAAGCUCUAAUGAGGAGUAUUUGUCUAUCAAUGGAAGAGAAUAUCCUCGCAAAAUUGUGUUAUCUGAUGGCCGGUCAACUGAGAUCAAGCAGACUCUUGCUCGCUGUCUCGCUCGAGCAUUACCGGGAUUGGUUACUGACCUUAGGCUUCCUGUACCAAUAUCAGUUUUAGAGCAAGGAGUGGUUCUCUUGAUAGAUACAAUGUCUUUUGUGGAUCCACUCCCUGCAUUCAGAAUGAAGCAGUGGCAACUAAUUGUUCUUCUGUUUCUUGAUGCUCUUUCCAUAUGUAGGAUACCUGUACUGACUCCGUAUAUGACAGGGAGAAGGACUUUGCUUCCAAAGGUGCUUGAUGGUGCUCAUAUAAGCGCAGCGGAAUAUGAGGUCAUGAAAGAUCUAGUCAUUCCACUAGGUCGAGUGCCUCAGUUCUCAAUGCAAAGUGGAGGCUAAUUUGUUAUAAAACGUCUUUGCAGAUUCCCUCCUCUAAACUUUCAUGAGAGAAAGUAGUUCUGGAAAGUGUGCACAAAAGUCAUAAUUAUAUUUGGUGCUUGCAACUUCUGUUCAUAAUUUCAUAUCUGUUUAUGUUUUAUAGAGAUGCUAUGUCGUCAAGACACUGAUGUACUUUGAUGAUUCAUUAUUGACGAGAUUCUCUUCGAUAUCAUUCUUCUGCGGACUAAUAACAUUUUUGGUUUGAGGUGUAAAGAGGGGUUGAAUGAGUGGAAAUACAUAGAGAGGUAAGCAUCAUUUUCCUCAUGUGGUAAGAAGUAAAAGAGGACUGAAGGAAAAGUAGUGACCCUACAGUUUUUCGAAACCAUCUAGAAGCCGGCGGGAAGGAGAAAGUGUCUCAGUUUUACUCCCUUUCUAAUAGUAUUAAAUGAUUGGAAGUAAAUCUUCUAUACUUCGUCUAAGCAAAGUAAGUGAACAAUUUUCUCCUUACCUUUUAUAUCUUUUACAUGCAUCAAAGGGGUAUUGCCAGUAUGGGGACUCCUGCAAAUAUUAUCAUCCCAAGCAAAAUUCUCAAACUGUGCAACAAAUGGGAAUUCCUCCAGGUAUCUUUCUUGCAUGUUUUGCGUAUAUUGAUAUUCGAUAUUUUACUUUUAAUCAACUAAUGUCUUAAACAUAGAACUAUAUUGAGUAUCAUGCUAGCUAUUUCGACUUACUGACCUCACAAAGUAUUUUAAUUAUUUACUUUGUCACAAGUACUUGUGUUUGUCUAAGAAGACUAGGUUGCUGGAAGACGAGGUAGCCUUAGCCGCAGAGAAAUUAAUUUUUUUCCCUAAGGAAUUGGAUUAGUUUAUAGACUGCCCGCUACCAGGUGAAUUUCAAAGUUAAACUAGUAUAGAGCAAGUUGCGAGUAAUUAUAAACCAUUGGCAAAUUAUGAGGUUACUCGCAUGUUAGGGAAGAAUAACUGUCCAACUCCUGUUGAACUUUUUACCCUAGACUAUUGGGGUGUCAACCUGGACAAAGCAAAAUUUUCACUAUCACUAUUUCAUUCCGAUCAACAAUCAGUUUCAUACUUAUCAAAUAAUCAACUUUCAUCAUAAUGAACUAGAUGUUAAUCAGGUUUUGGGCUUGUCACUUGAAAGAUUAUCACACUUCAAGUUCUUAAAGAAAUUCUUUAAGAAGGCAAAUACUAUUUGCCUUUUGGAAUCGAAAGGGUCUGUAUAAAAAAGUUUGUCAAGAAAGUGUUCUGGAUUCAAAUUACAAAUAUGUGGGUCAGUAUAUCCUGAAACACUCUAAUGGUUAUUGUGUUUUCUCUUUCUGGAAGAGAAUCGGAAAACUGAUGGAAUGCAGUCAAUGUUUGAUGUUGUUUGCUCUUUUCCUGAAAUACUUGUCUUAGUCCGCUCAGCGGAAACAAUUACUGGAGAACUCAUCUGAAAGAUGUCCUAUUUUUGGCAGAUGUUGUAAUACUCUCAAAGGGAUAUCUUAGGAAAGUAACAGAACUUUUGGGAAGCGUAGCUUUAAAGUAGAUCCAGGCAAUCAAUUUUUGUGAAUUUCUUGCAAUUGGCAAUGUGCAGAAGUCAGGGGACUUAUCUUGUAAUGCUGCAACUUCCUCAUUCAAGAAGUUCAAAGUUUAUAUCCAAACCUUUUUAAAGCUUUUAUUGUCCAGUAAUUUUGGGUUUUCAUUUCUUGGAGUAUUUCCAAAUGAUUGACAGACCAGAAUUAGUUUUCAAAGUUGUGAAGUAUUAAUUCUUGAUAUUGAUAUACUGUUGAAUUGAGAGAGUAGUUGAUUGCUCAUCUCUUAUGAAUUUGAAUAGCUCUGGGAAGAAGUCAGUGCUUUCAACUUUUGAUUUCGUUCCAAUUCUCUGGAACAACUACUAGAGAGAGGGUAUUCACCUAAAGAGUGUACCAAAUACUCAACCUUUCGGUUCAGCAUCUUUUCCAGGCAUGCAUCACUUUUUGCGCAUAUACUCUUUCUAUAUGAACAUUAAUAUCUGCGCCAUCCGUGACUUCAGAUUUAACAUCUUUUUCAGAAAAUACUUGAGAUCUAACCUUGAUAUCCAUUGUGUUUUAAUGUUUUCCAUCCCACAAUUAAUCAGCUGAUGUUCUUGGUGUUUUCUUUUUGGUUAUCUUUUAUUUUUCAAAAGAAGUUUAAUUGUGAUGUUCUUGGUUGUAGCAGGUGAUGCGUUCAGAGAAAAUGCCGGAGCAAAGCUGGGCAAUCUGCCUCCCUCUCUAAGACCUCUGCCAGAGGGUGGUUAUCCACCUCUCCCUUUUGUUGACUGGGGAUAAGUCUGCCACCUCAUUUACUACUCUUGUCAGAUAUGCUUUAGAGUAGGUUGAUUGAAACAUGAUGAUUGCUCAAAAUAUAAGUACUGCAUUGACUAUGGAAGAUAUAGAUGACUGCAAUUUCAGCUGAGUGAUGUGCAGUUAGAAUCAGGGGAUAUUUUCUGUCCGUAUGAUUAUUUUAUCAUUUUAUGUGCUCCUAAAUUUUCCUGGUAUUGACUUUUCUUUAGCUAUGCUCUUGCUCGUGUAAUUUUAUUUUUCAAAAGAAGUUUGGUUA